AUCUGCUAGGCUGAGAAGCAAGGAUUUGUCAUCUUGUGGGGACCCCGGCCACAUCCUCCUUGAGGGCUUCUCGGAUUUUGUCCUGGCAUCUCAGUGCUAUGGGAAGCAGGUGUCUGCCCCUGCUCUCAGGCCUCAGUGUCCUGCUGGCUCUGUCAGUGGCAGAAGUGAGGAGUUACAAAGUUUUCCAUCCCCUCUGCCCUGAAAAUGCCAGACCCGACAACAGCAGCCUGUGUGUCUGUGAAGAUGGAUUUCAGUCGUCCGUGUCUAGGGGCAAAUACAUCACCAAGCCCAAGGAGAAAUGUGAAGAUGUUGAUGAGUGUAAGAUUAAACCAGCAAAGUGCAAGAACAUUUCAUACUGCAGAAACACUAUUGGAAGUUACUACUGCAGCUGUCUCUCAAAUAAUCUCAUCUACUGGUUGGCUGCUGUCAUUCGAAUGGAUCAUCCAGAGUGUUAUGAGGACUCUGGUAAGAAGACACAGCCACGGGAGUAUACUUUGGUGGAAGAACUGAGGACUGCUGAUAGCAAAAAGGACAUUGCAAGAAAGGCUACCGAAAUUCUACAGGGUGUGGAAAGGGGUGUUUUGAAUGGGAGCCUUCUAGGCAAGAGUGAAGGUUCUAUGUCUGAUAUAAUCUUUGAAACCAAGCAAUGCAAUGGCACACACAAGCAGACUCUUCUGGAAGCUGGAAAUAACACAAUGACUAUCGACUGUACUGAAGCUUUCAAAGGAACCCCAGGAGCGAGGGGCACAGUGGCACUUAUCACCUACCGCACUCUUGGAAGUGUUCUGAAUGGAUCCUUUUUCAGCGAUAGGAGAGGGCUGCAGGAAGUGAAACUGAACUCCCGUGUCCUGAGCGGCACCAUUGGGGAAAAAGUGCAUCUGUCUAAACCUGUGCUCCUCACUUUCCAGCACACCGAGCCCAGUGGUGCAAGAACGAAACAUCUCUGUGUCUACUGGGAAGAAUCGGAGCAGGGGGGCUGCUGGUCCACGGAGGGCUGCUCAUACGUGGGCAGCAACGACUCUUACACCACGUGCCAGUGCUUCCACCUUUCCAGUUUUGCUGUCCUCGUGGCUCUUGCUCCCCAGGCGGACCCUGUCCUGGUCGUGAUCACCUACGUGGGGCUCAGCCUUUCUCUGUUCUGCCUCUUCCUGGCAGUCAUCACCUUCUUUGUGUGCCGGACCAUCCGGAACACCAGCACCACCCUCCACCUGCAGCUGUCCAUCUGCCUCUUCCUGGCCCACUUCCUCUUCCUCACAGGGAUGGAUCAAACAGAGCCUAAGGUGCUGUGCUCCAUCAUUGCUGGGGUGUUGCACUACUUGUACCUGGCCGCCUUCACCUGGAUGUUCCUGGAAGGGCUACACCUCUUCCUCACUGUCAGGAACCUCAAGGUGGCCAACUACACGAGUGCAGGCAGAUUCAAGAAGAGGUUCAUGUACCCUUUUGGCUACGGGAUUCCAGCUGUGAUUGUGGCUGCGUCUGCAAUAGGAGGACACAAAAAUUAUGGAACAUAUACUCACUGCUGGUUCAAACUGGAGAAAGGGUUCAUCUGGAGCUUCAUGGGGCCAGUGGCAGUCAUUAUCUUGAUAAACUUGGUGUUCUACUUCCAAAUUCUAUGGAUUUUGAAAAGCAAGAUUUCCUCCCUCAAUAAAGAAGUUUCCACCAUACAGGACACCAGAGUCAUGACAUUUAAAGCCAUUGCUCAACUGUUUAUCUUGGGCUGUUCUUGGGGUCUUGGUUAUUUUAUGGUUGAAGAAGUUGGGAAGACAAUAGGAUCAAUCAUUGCUUACAUAUUCACCAUCGUCAAUGUCCUACAGGGGGUUUUGAUUUUUGUGGUACACUGUCUCCUUAAUCGCCAGGUGCGAAUGGAAUACAAGAAAUGGUUUAGUAGGAAGCUGAAAGAGUCUGAAGUGGAAAGCACUGUGAUAUCUCGCUCUACUACUCAAACCAAAAUGGAGGAACCGGGGAAAUCUUCAGAAAUCUCUCACAGAGGAGUCUCUCUGUCCGUCCAACCACAGCCCCAGGCUCCUAUUGUCACUGCUUCUUGGCUAAAGACAGAACAAGGACCCGCUUAAGGACAGGCCCUCUGUGUGCACACAUGCACUUGUCUUUCCUGUGAAAAUGAGUAAUGGCUCAUUCCAUUAUUUUGGCUUCUAUCUCUGUAGGAAGAAAGGACACAUGGGAGAACUUUAAGAUCCAGAAUUCAGCAUAGUAUGUCAUGUGCACUUACGUGUUCGAGGGAUCUUUUUUAAUGCUGAGGAACACGAGUGGCUUUUCUUUUUCCAUCUAUUAUCACCUUGCCUGAGACUCAUUGACUGACAUCUGGAUUCAGCAUGCACAUAUCUCUCAGGCCUCUGUUUCAUUUUAAACCCUUAAAAGUCUUGGCUUCCUUAGUUUGUCCAAAUAUGGUCAAUUUCUUCAUACUUGUGUGUUCUAGCUCCAAUCCAGAGAAACACAAAAGCCCAAGGAAUCUUCAAAGGCGGGGAGGGUCACAGACCCGGGGAGGCAGAGACCUCUGGUUUAGAUAUUCUCGGGCUGUGCAUCUGGGGAGUUGGGGGGAAGCAAAAACAUUAAGAUGGUUUUUUAAAUUUGACCCUUUGUCAGUGUGCAUAAUGGCACCCUCAAAUGUAAUACUUAAUAGCACUCAAUUAAGAUUUUCUAUUGCUGACACAAGGAGAAUGCUUUCAAACUGUGAGUAAGGCUGAGCAAUUCAAACAGGAGCAUGAGCCCAUGGAGUUCAAGGUUGGCUUAUACUGUGGCUGUUCAAGGUUGGCUCAAGGUUGAUUCACCAUGAUGCAGAUUCUGCAUAAUUCUUCUCCAGUGUCUUGCUCCCAAUAAGCUUUGUACUGCUACGCCUUAUAAUAAUUUUAUGGAACAAUUAGAGCUAUAGCUUUUCUUAUUCACGUGCAGAUGGACAUAGAGGAAGGAGCUCCACGUAGCUCUCAAAAGUGUGAGAAAGAUCUUUCCCAAGAAAAAUUUGUCACAAUUCCCCUUCCUAUUCUGGCUACAAAAAAUUCCCUAUGUGUGCCUCUUCUUUCUAUUGGCACUGCCUCUAGACUAUGUAGAAAUAAGAUUGGAUAGUACAAAGACAUUUUGUUCUUUUCAUAUGUGAUUUUAGUGAUGAAUCAGAAGGGUGCACACUUAAUGUUAGGACUCUAUAAUGUCUAUCGCCAGUUUUGAAAUCACGCUAUACCUCUUUGAAUUCAGCAGGGUAUUCUAUCAUCUUUGUGUUGAUGAUCAAGCUUGGAUUAUUUGGACCAUUGGAGACAAACUCUCCUACUUUUACCAGGAGCCCAUGAACAGCAAGAAAUGCCAAUGUUUAGGAUAACACACUGUUCCAUAGAGUUUCUUUUGUCGUCCGAGAAUAUAUGGUUCCCAGUGUUGUUAGUAAAUUGGAUAUACCUUGGAAAUGAAUGACUCUAUAGGAGAGGCACAUUUGUAAAUUAGGAACGCAUUCAAAUAAGAGAUGGAAGUCCCAUACCUACCAGGUUAUCCUUACUUCCACCCCAUCUACACACCCAGACUGUCUUUUUCAGAGAAGUUUAAUUUUUGUGUGAGUGCUUAUCAUUUUAGGGUCCAAUGAGAAAAGACAUUGCCUGGCCAUAAGGCAAAUGGUGAAAUUAAAUAAUUGACAAUGACAUUCCCCAAAUCUUGACUAACACAUUGGACUCCGUAUAACCCAGACUAAUAAAAUCUUGUCAGGCUUCUUGAAAGGGAAUCCUCACACAUUCAGGGGCACAACAUGGAGAUGUCAAAAUCUAGACAAUUCCUUUUAACUUGGAUAAUCCCAGAGUGUUGCAUCCCUCGUGGACGUUCUCACACAUAAAAGUGGGAUCAAAAUCCAGGCUGUCACGAUGUUGCAGAUUUCAUAUGAGAAACACAUAAAGUAUUCAUCAGAGUGCCACAGUUUGUUGUUCAAAAAGAAGUAUAUUUCUAUGUUCCAAUUUUGGAUACCACAGAAUAUGAAUGAAAACUACAGAUUGGAUCCAUUUUGAUCUGCCUGUGCUUUGUCAUGUUUUUCUGAGUCAUAUUUUACAGCUGCUCUUUUUACCUUUGGAAUUACUGUCUGAUGAUUUCUAAAUAUAUACAUUCAUUCCUCACUUAACAUCACUGAUGGGUUCUUGGAUAACAUGAGCAAAAUAUUGUAUAAUAUAAACAGAUCCUUGAA